AUGCAUAUCGCCUGGACUUCCGCCGCGAAAAGCGCAAAGAAGCGCAAGCGACUCGCCAAGGGCGGCGAUGUCGUUCUCCGCGCGUUUGGGGAUUCCGAAGACGUGGCAGCAGAACCUACAAUUGAUGACGUGGCCGUAGCUGACGAGGCGCGCGGAGAAGACGCCACGUGUACCCCAGACGAGAUGGAACCUAGGAGAAAGACGAGAGUUGAGGAGACGGCGCAGCUUCAGCAGAGGGGAAACGCCUUGGCACAGGCACGUGGGGGGCACGUGGGGCCACGUGUUGCUUUCUCAGCAGGAGAGUUUUCUGCUGCUCUUUCCACGUGGGAUGCUGCCAUUGGCUUGUCUGCUGUGCCACGUCAGCGCGCGGUGCUGUUCGAGCAGAAGGCGCAGGUGCUGAUGGAGAUGGGGCGGCUGUGGGAGGCCGUCCGAGCUGGCACAUGUAAUGGUUGCUCCAAUGAUGGCAUCCCACCUUGA